AUGGGCCACUGCCGGUGCACAGAGCUGCAGACAGAGAGGGGCAUUCUCAGAUUUCCAGAUUUCUCCCAGCCGAGUCCGCUGUGCCGCUUCCACAUCACAGCCGACAGCAAAACCGAGACGACGACGACGACAUGCGCCCAGCGUGCCUCAAUCCCGCAUUCAUUUCAGCGAGCCAGUGUUGCCCCAAACCCAACUAGACCCAGACACGGGUCAGACUUGGUGCUGUGUCGUCAGCAGUGUGUGCUGGAGCUGAUUGUUUCUUGUCUUGAUUUUACAUUUAUGAGUACUUAUUACAAUAGGCAAAAUAGAACUCAUCAUUCUCCUUCUUCUUUUUCACACAGGCACGAGAAGCCCACAGAUCCUGAUGAUCCUCUAGCCGACCAGAACAUAAAGGACCGUUACUAUGGCAUCAAUGACCCAGUGGCUGACAAGCUGCUGAAACGGGCCUCAACUAUGCCCCGACUGGACCCACCAGACGACAAGUCCAUCAGCACCCUCUACAUAGGGGGUCUGGGAGAUACUGUCACAGAUGGAGAUCUCAAGAGUCACUUUUACCAGUUUGGUGAGAUUCGCACCAUUACCAUAGUCCAGAGGCAGCAGUGUGCCUUCAUCCAGUUUGCCACGCGGCAGUCAGCUGAAAUGGCCGCUGAGAAGUCCUUCAACAAACUCAUCAUUAAUGGACGGAGACUCACUGUCAAGUGGGGAAGGUCUCAGGCAGCAAGAGGGAAGGAGGGCAUCAAAGAAGGUGUCAGUGAGAUGGGCACCAGACUCGAUCCUGUACCUGGACUGCCUGGAGCUCUUCCUCCACCACCAGCUUUAGAUGAAGAGGCUCCUGCAAACUACUUUAACCUGGACCCUAGCUCCUCUCCUGCGGUCAUGAACAUUGCUCUGCCCCCACCUCCGGGCAUCAACCCGCCUCCUCCAGGUUUUGGGCCUCCAAUGUUUCACCACAUGGGUCCCAUGGCUCCACCUAUGCCUCCUCCAAUGAGUAUGAGACCCCCUGGUCAAAUCCACUACCCCUCCCAGGAUCCUCAGCGCAUGGGUGCCCAUGCCGCACAUGGCUCACGUCAUGGUGAUUAGCUGCUAGAGUGAAGUCAUACUGUGAUUCGGUGUAAUUCUUUUCCAUACAUCAAACCUGGUCAGGUGCUUUCACUUAAGAUUCAGUGUGGCUGAAACCUGCAGACGACUCCUGCGAGAAACGCACUGCAUAGAAAGUUCCUUCUUACAGAAUAACAUCUGAUUUAUUAUACCACCUGCAGUGCAGUGAAUGAACUGAACGAGGACCAUCUGUGUCUGGAGAGACGACAACCCGGAUCUUACAAAAUGAAUUUGUCACUACUCGCAGUUAAAAAGUACCAGAACAGCAUCUGAACAGUGGAAGUUAAGAUAGUGAAAGACUUGAUACGUGAUGUCGGGGCCAUAUGGUUUUUACAGAAUCCUGUGGUUGGAACCUUUGUACAUAUAAAAUGUAUACUGUAGGUUAAACUUGUAUUUGUCACAUGGAGUAAAAUUCUGAGGAACAUCUUUAAACCUGUUAAUUUUUCAGUUACUCUUUUUUUUUUUUUUAACUUGACACAAUCUUUAUUCCACAGCAUAAUGGCAUUUUACGUAUGUUUUAUUGUAAGGCUUUCUUUAAAUGUUGUUUUCACUUGUCAUUAAAAUGACACAAUUUCGUCA